AUGUGGCGACGCGCGGCGCUUCUGCCGGUUGCCGCGUGCUUAGAGGGUCCCGCCCGCCGUCUCAUCCACGGCGAGGUGCGGCACCACAACACAGACACAAACAACACCCGUAUCCCGUGGGACUUCUCCACCGCGAGCUACGAGGAGAUCCACAACGUUAUUCUUCCCAAGUUCCCGCGGAGCCGCCGCAAGAGCGCCGUGAUUCCGCUUCUGCAUCUCGCGCAGCGGCAGCAGGGCGGGUACAUCCCCGUGACCGCCAUGUACAAGAUCGCCCGCAUCUGCGAGGUGCCCCCAAUGCAGGUCUUUGAAACCGUGACCUUCUACUCCAUGUUUAACCGCCAGCCGGUGGGAAAGUACCACAUCCAGUUUUGCGUGACAACUCCGUGUAUGCUCUGCGGCGGCGACGAGCUUCUCCACCGCACGGAGGCCUACCUGAAUGUGAAGAUGCACGGCACGACGAAGGACGGCCUCAUCACGCUGGGGGAGAUGGAGUGCCUCGGUGCCUGCGUCAACGCCCCCAUGCUGGUUGUGAGCGACUACAGCCGCCCACCGAACUUUUCGUACGACUUUCUGGAGGACUUGACGUGGGAGGAUGUCAAGCAACUUAUCGAAAACCUGCGAGAGGGGCGUCCAUUUAAGGUCGGCACACAACGCAAAGAUCGUAAGUGGGCGGAUCCGGCGGGAGGCAGAACCUCGCUCUUCCUGAAGGAACCGCCAAAGCCGUACUGUAGGGAUAUUGAUGCGAAGCCGGCCGCAUCAGCGGCUCCGGCUGCCGCCAAGAAGUAG